AUGUACAUGUCACGAUCAAUAUCACGUUCAGUGCAACAUAAUAUAUUUGAUAGUUCGACGACUUCUCCUACUUUCAGUACAACUAGUCCUUCCCCUCAAGAAGCACCAGAAAUUCCAAUACUUGGAAGAAAGUGGAUUUAUUUGUUAGAACCAAAUAAUAAUCCAGAAACACCUGACAUUACUGAAGAUGAACAAGAAGGGGCAAUCAAUAAUUCUGAAGAUGUUCAUGAAUAUAUUUUGGAAGAACAUGAAUCUUUAUUUAGUAGAGGAAUUCAAGAUCGAGUUAAUAAUAUUAAUGAUCCCUUAGAGAAGAACAUGGUCAAAUUACGUCAGUGUAUUCAACAAUUGGACGAAGAUGAGUGGCAAUUCACUAAUAAUUUGGAUGAGGAUUUUUCAACUUUCUAA